AUCCAUUUGGAGAGACAAAAGCCAUACUUUACACAACGAAAAAAAUUCUCUCUGCUUCUCUGUCCGUAAAGUGGGGUUUCUGGCGCUGGUCGCUGCAGAGACUCUUCAAAUCUCCAUAUUCAGUUUUCUGCUUUCAGAGUUCAAAACAAAAACAGAUCACAAACGGAGUGAGAGAUACGAAUCCAUUCAUUAAUUCAUUCACUCAUUCACUCGUUAGCUCGUCAGAAGAAAUGUUCCCUCAAUUCGGAGCGACGGCGGAAUCACUGAGCAAGGCGUCCACGGCGGUGUUCCGGAUCGGCACCGACGCUCACCUCUACGACGACCCCGAUGACGUCAACAUUGCCCCUCUCCUCGAAAGCAAGUUCGACUCCGAGAAAACCGAAGCCCUCAAACGCUUACUCGCUCUCAUCGCUCAAGGCUUCGACGUCUCGAACUUCUUCCCUCAGGUUGUUAAAAAUGUUGCUUCUCAGUCGUUGGAAGUGAAGAAGCUCGUGUACUUGUACCUCCUUCAUUAUGCUGAAAAGCGUCCAAAUGAAGCAUUGCUAUCAAUUAAUUGUUUCCAGAAGGACCUGGGGGACACAAAUCCAUUGGUCCGGGCAUGGGCACUUCGUGCCAUGGCAGGAAUUCGCCUUCAUGUAAUUGCACCUCUUGUUCUUGUUGCGGUGGGAAAAUGUGCUAGAGAUCCUUCUGUCUAUGUUAGAAAAUGUGCAGCUAAUGCUCUUCCUAAGCUUCAUGAUUUGCGGAUGGAGGAACAUACUUCUGCAAUUGAAGAGAUUGUUGGAAUAUUGUUAAAUGACAAUUCCCCUGGAGUUGUUGGAGCUGCUGCUUCUGCAUUUGCUUCUGUCUGUCCGAACAAUUUUUCAUUGAUUGGAAGAAACUACAAAAAGUUGUGUGAAAUCCUUCCUGAUGUGGAAGAAUGGGGUCAAAUAAUUCUAAUUGGGAUCCUUCUGCGGUAUGUGAUAGCUAGUUAUGGGCUUGUCAAAGAAUCCAUCAUGUUUUCUUUGUAUGGUAAAGAUGAUAAUUUGGAGGUAGAUGAACAAGAUUUUAUUUUAAAAGAAGAUACUGGUUAUGCCUCUGAGAAGACUUUAUCUGAAUUAGCAAAUAUGAUCUUGCAAUGUUACAUUGAAGGACCAGAUGAGUACUUAUCACGGUCAAGUUCUGCAAAUAUGGUUCCUCCUAAAUUAGAUGUAUCACAGUUUACAUCUUGCAGUAAUGAUAUUAACAGUGCAGUUGUUCUUGCAGCUGCUGGUGUACAUUGGAUAAUGGCUUCUAAGGGCGAUCUUAAAAGAAUUGUUAAACCACUCUUGUUUCUAAUGAGAUCAUCAUAUGCCUCCAGAUAUGUGGUAUUAUGCAAUAUUCAAGUGUUCGUUAAAGCCAUGCCAUCUCUCUUUGCUCCACACUAUGAAGACUUCUUCGUAUGUUCUUCAGAUUCCUAUCAGAUAAAAGCGCUUAAGUUGGAAAUACUUUCUUCUGUAGCUGUGGAGUCAUCUGUUUCAUUUAUUCUUAAAGAAUUUCAGGAUUAUAUUAGAGAUCCGGAUAGGAAAUUUGCUGCUGACACAGUUGCUGCCAUUGGGUUAUGUGCUCAGAAACUUCCAAAAAUGGCAACUACAUGUGUAGAAGGGUUGUUGACUCUAAUUAGACAGGAAUACUUUUGCGGGGAAAUUAGAUCCAUGGAUGGAGAAGAUGGUGUGUUAAUUCAGGCAAUAAUAUCCAUCAAAUCAAUCAUAAAAUUAGACCCACCCAGUUAUGAGAAGGUCAUAAUUCAAUUGGUCCGUAGUUUAGAUGCAAUCAAGAUUCCUUCUGCCCGUGCAAUGAUUAUUUGGCUGGUGGGGGAGUAUUGCUCUUUGGGUGAGAUAAUUCCAAGAAUGGUGAGCACAGUACUCAAGUAUCUUGCUCGGUGUUUUACUUCAGAAGCACUGGAAACGAAGCUUCAGAUUCUUAAUACAACUGCAAAGGUCCUAAUUUGUAAUACUGGAGAAGAUAUUUGGACCCUGCAAAAAGUUUGGAGCUAUGUAAUUGAAUUGGCUGAGUGCGACAUGAAUUAUGACGUCCGUGAUCGAUCACGUUUCUUGAAGAAACUUUUCUCAUGCAAUGUGGAUUCACAAAAUCAUGUUGAAGAACAAAAUAGUGAAUCACAAAAAAGAGAUCAGUCAUAUGUAUUUGCGGAAUGCAUAUUUGGUAGACAGACAACAGCUGUGACUGUGCCAACUGAACCCAUCAAUGAUCGAUUUUAUCUUCCGGGAUCUCUGUCACAGUUAGUAUUCCAUGCAGCUCCAGGCUAUGAGCCUCUCCCCAAACCUUGUAGUCUUCCAUACAUUGAUUUUGAUCAGAAUGAUGGAACUGCUAACAGCGAUUCAGAUGAAGAUGGUGAUCCUAGUACAUCUGGAUCUGUGGAUGAGGGAAGUGCUUCAGAUUAUAGUUCUGAACAGUCGGUUACUGCUUCAAGUGAAGCUGAUGGCAGUGAUGAAAUUGAUUCUGGAAAUGAAGGCAACAACAAUGUUGAUCCUUUGAUUCAGAUUUCAGACACGGGUAAUGUAUCUGAAGAACAAAAUGGUGGGGUUCACUCCAGAUUUGGGGACUUGAUGUCCACAAAGUCUCUUGAAUCUUGGUUGGACGAGCCAGCCAAGUCAUCUAAAGAAAAUGAAACAAAUCAAAGCCGAGCCCGUAGAUCUUCAGCCAGAAUAACAAUUGGAAAUAUUAGAAGCCGAAUUAAACCCAAAUACUACACGCUCUUAGAUCCAGCAAAUGGAAAUGGGUUAAAAGUUAAUUAUUCAUUUUCAACUGAGACUUCUAGUGUAUCCUCUCAUCUUGUCUCCCUAGAAGUAUUCUUUGAGAAUUGUUCUUCAGAGGCCAUGUCUGAUAUAGUCUUAAUAGAUGAGAGUUCUAGCAGAAGCUCAGAUUCUAGUACAAACCAGACGCCAUCUACAACAGAAAAUACUAUGAAAAUCCAUACUGAAAAUCCAGCUAUGGUUUCCAUGGAGGACAUCCCUUCUUUGGAGCCUGGUCAGACAGAAAACCGCACUCUACUAGUUCGCUUUCAUCACCAUCUUUUGCCUCUAAAACUGGCUUUAUUUUGCAAUGACACAAAAUUCCCUGUUAAGUUAAAGCCCGACAUUGGGUACUUUGUAAAACCACUUCCAAUCAGCAUUGAAGCUUUCAGGGAUAAGGAAUCCCACCUUCCAGGGAUGUUUGAAUACAUAAGGAGUUGUACCUUCACUGAUCACCUUGUAGAGUUGAACAAGGGCAGCAACUCUCUGACAGAGGACAAAUUUCUUGUGAUCUGUGAAGCCUUGGCACUAAAGAUGAUGAGCAAUGCAAAUCUUUCUCUUGUAUCUGUAGAUAUGCCUGUUGCUUCCAACCUUGAUGAUGCAUCUGGUUUGUGCCUGCGUUUCAGCAGUGAGAUCUUGAGCAAUUCCAUGCCAUGCUUAAUUACAGUCACUGUUGAAGGUAAAUGCUCUGAUCCAUUGACAGUUUCUGUAAAAGUCAAUUGUGAAGAGACUGUAUUUGGCUUAAAUUUCUUAAAUAGGGUUGUCAAUUUCUUAGCUGAGCCAUCUGUUACCCGCUCAUAAGUCAAAUAUCUGAUGGGAAAUUCACAAAUAUUGAUCUGUGGAAAGUACUUAGAGAAACCUGAGGAAUAUGACUACUCGUGUGGGGUUUUUGUCUUUGGUGAGUUAUUUCGCUUUUGGGGAUCGGAGUGGUUGUAAUUUAACAUUGUAUUGUUAGUCUUUUACUUUCUACAGAAUUUGAUGUCUUAUUCUUAAUUCUUUUUAGUGCUUCCAUUGUCUUCCCAUAAAGUAACUGGACUGCUGCACUUUAAUACAUUGCACCAUUAAGUUUUGCUA